AUGAUCAAUCCACAUACUUCUGUUGGCACCGCCCAGGUCGUGUUCUACGCCCUUGUCUUGCCCGUCGCCGUCUUCAUCCUUGUCAGGAACUGGAAGCAUGGGCUUCGUCUUGCCUCAUACCCUCUCGUCACGUUCUCUUUGGCUCGACUCGCUGGCGGCAUCUUAACCAUACUCCGUCAAUCCGACCCUACCAGUAUCGGACUUAUCAUCGCGACUACGGUGCUCCUCAAUGUCGGCCUUAUUCCAUUGAUGAUCUCCAUGGUGGGGUUCAUCCGUUUGAUCAUGAAAUCGAGCCUCGACGAGAACAAACGAGCUUUCGUCCUGUUGAAGAUCAUCCGGCUUGCGUUCAUUGCCGCUAUCGUGCUUCUCUGUGUGGCUGGGGCCUUUAGCGGAACUAACAUACACCUUUCAAGACAUUUGACGCAAGCUGGCUAUGUGACUCUGGCUGCUGUCAUCGGUUUGAUGACAAUCGAGUUACUUCACCUCUACACACAAAAGCAUCGCAUCGCGCCCGAGAAACACAUUGUACGCUCACUUAUUAUCCAAUGUCUAUAG